UAUAGCUUUAGUUAUUUUUAAUAAAUCAAAAUGAAUUUUUUAUACUUACGAUUUUUUUGGAUCUUAACUAUUUUAUUGGCACGAUAUCAAGCUAUGGAUAAUAACGAAAAUAAAGAAAUAGAAGAAGAAGAAGAUGCUGUAGAAAAGGAAGAAUAUGAAAAGUUAGUGAAGUCAAGAAAAAAUUUUGAAAUAGCAAAAUGUAAAUUUAUUAUGUGUUUAUAUGAUAAUAGUAUAGCACAACAUUUACAUCGAUCUAGUGGUUACAUUAAAACUGAAUUCCUUUAUUUAUUUUCUGAGUUGAGAGUUUUAUGGAUCAUAGGCAAAAGAACUUCCGGGGCUGUGGAUAAAAAAUUCGCAAGAGAAAUCUGUACUAUUUCGAAUAACAUUAAAAAAGCAUAUAACUGGACACAAGAAAAAUGCAUAGAAACGAUAAUGCCAUGUGGUAAAAUAUUUCGGGAUACAUUAGAUAAGAAGAGUCAGAAAUCCAAACUCCAAAAAUUUAUGUCAAAAUCUUUUAAAGCUAAGAAUUCCGAAAAAAAAGAAGAUGAAUAAAAAUUUUUUUAUAGUGAAUUUUUAUAAGAAAAAUUAUAUUUACAAAAAAAAUUUUAUUAAGUAUAG